AUGAACUCCAGCAAUUUUGGAACACAAUUGAACCCAUCAAACCAUAGAGAACCCGUGGCCCAAUACGCCUGUGCCACGCCAGAACAAGUCAACGGAGCCAUCGAUGCUGCUUUGAAGGCAAAACCUGCCUGGGAAGCUCUUCCUUUCGAAGACCGCGCCGCAAUCUUCUUGAGAGCCUCGGAGCUUAUUGCGGGGAAGUACAGGUCCGACAUCGUUGCGUCAACCAUGCUCGGACAGGGCAAGAACAUAUGGCAAGCGGAGAUCGAGGCACCGAGCGAAACGGUCGACUUCUUCCGCUACUACGUCCAGGAAGCUUGGAAGCUCUAUUCCUAUCAGCCGACAGAGCAGCCCAACGGCAACUGGAACAAAAUGGAGUACCGUCCUUUGGAGGGCUUUGUCUACUCUAUCGCUCCCUUCAACUUCACGGCCCUGGGAGCGACACUCACUAGUCCGGCUGCCUUGCUUGGCAAUGUCGUCAUUUGGAAGCCCUCCGCCUAUGCCACGCAUUCAGCCUAUCUCAUACAUCAAAUCCUCUUGGAAGCGGGUCUUCCCAAAGACGUCAUUCAGUUUCUCCCUGGAGACGCGGAAGAAAUCACGAACACGGUUCUGAAGCGUCCAGAGUUCGCCGCAAUCAGCUUCAUCGGUUCUACUCAAGUGUUUAAAGGAAUCCAACAGAAAAUCGGUAAUGGCGUCGGCAAAGGGAUCUACAACUCCUACCCCCGAGUUGUCGGUGAAACCGGCGGUAAGAAUUGGGGCGUAGUACACUCUUCGGCCGACGUCAAGAGCGCCGCGUUCCAAAUCAUCCGUGGCUCUUUCGAGUAUCAGGGCCAAAAGUGCUCCGCAUGUUCUCGGGUAUACGUUGCCGAGUCCGUGUGGCCAGAGUUCAGGAAACAUCUCCAGGAAGAACUCCCUAAACUCAAAGUUGGCGACGUGGAACAAUUUGACAACUUCAUCACCCCAGUCAUCCAUGAAGCUUCCUUUGACAAGCUGAACAAGAUCAUUGAAGAUGCCAAGACCGACCCCGAGCUAGAGCUCAUUGCAGGAGGCAAGGCCUCCAAGGAGCAUGGGUACUUUAUCUAUCCCACAGUCUACAAGGUCUCCAAUCCUCGGCAUAAUAUCAUGUCACGUGAGCUUUUUGGUCCCAUACUCGGUGUUUAUGUCUAUCCUGACACCGAGUGGGAGAAGACCUUGGAAUUGGUUGACACGACAUCACGCUAUGGUCUGACGGGUAGCAUCUUCUCCAUGGACCCUUACGCAUCCCAGCAAGCAAAGACGAGGCUCAAGCAUGCGGCUGGCAUGUUGUAUAUCAACACAAAGUGCACCGGAUCUGUGGUUGCCCAGCAGCCGUUUGGCGGUAGCCGAGAUUCUGGUACUAAUGACAAGACCGGCACCGUUGCUCAUUUGCAGCGAUUUACCAGUGUUCGGUCAAUCAAGGAGGAGUAUAACCCUCUCUACAAGAUAGAAUAUCCUUCCAAUGAAAUGUAG